GACAAUUUUAUCCUCCUUCCUACUCUCUUCCUACAAGUACAUCUUCUGUAUUUGAACUCAAGCCACGCCUUCUGCAAGAUCCAGCGAGCACCAUGACUGAUGAUGAGCUGUCUGCCCUGGUAGUAGAUAAUGGGUCAGGGAUGUGCAAGGCUGGAUUUGGUGGUGAUGAUGCCCCUCGGGCUGUAUUCCCCUCUAUUGUUGGACGACCUAAACACCAGGGUGUCAUGGUAGGAAUGGGCCAGAAGGACAGCUAUGUUGGAGAUGAGGCCCAGAGCAAGAGAGGCAUUCUCACUCUGAAGUAUCCCAUUGAGCAUGGGGUGGUCACCAACUGGGAUGACAUGGAGAAGAUCUGGCAUCAUACCUUCUAUAAUGAGUUGCGUGUGGCCCCAGAUGAGCACCCCAUCCUACUCACUGAGGCGCCCUUCAAUCCUAAGAUUAACCGGGAGAAGAUGACUCAGAUCAUGUUUGAGGCCUUCAACACACCUGCCAUGUAUGUGGCUAUCCAGGCUGUUUUGUCCCUCUACGCUUCUGGACGAACGACGGGCAUUGUCAUGGACUCUGGAGAUGGAGUCACUCACACUGUGCCCAUUUAUGAAGGGUAUGCCCUGCCCCAUGCCAUCCUGCGCCUGGAUUUAGCAGGCCGGGAUCUGACCAACUAUCUCAUGAAGAUUCUCACUGAGCGUGGCUACAACUUCACCACUACAGCUGAGCGGGAAAUAGUGCGUGAUGUCAAGGAGAAAUUGUGCUACGUGGCCUUGGAUUUUGAGCAAGAGAUGGUCAGUGCUUCCACAUCAUCCUCACUGGAACGGAGUUAUGAACUCCCUGAUGGGCAGGUAAUUACCAUUGGAAAUGAACGGUUCCGGUGCCCUGAAGCCAUCUUCCAGCCAUCCUUUCUGGGCAUUGAGUCCAGCGGAGUCCAUGAGACAACUUUCAACUCCAUCAUGAAAUGUGAUGUGGACAUCCGCAAGGACCUCUAUGCCAACACUGUGCUCUCGGGGGGCAGCACUAUGUACUCUGGCAUUGCCGACAGGAUGCAGAAGGAAAUACUGGCCCUGGCACCCAGCACCAUGAAAAUUAAAAUCAUCGCUCCUCCAGAGCGUAAGUACUCGGUCUGGAUUGGUGGUUCCAUUCUGGCCAGCCUGUCUACCUUCCAACAGAUGUGGAUCAGCAAGCAGGAAUAUGAUGAGUCUGGUCCACCUAUUGUCCACCGAAAAUGCUUCUGAAUAAGUUUCUGGUUACUGGACAGUGGUCAUUGUAUUCCUGAUCCUCAAUGGGCUUAGAACCACCCCCUUUGGACAUUGCUAAAGGUUGGGGAAAAGGAAGGAAAGUGACCACAAUGAUGCAGAUCAUGCCCCACUUUCAAUUCUUUAUUUGAGGUAAUUUAUCCACUCUUCUAAAAAUCCCACCUUCUAAUUCAGGUUGUUACUUGCUUUUGUGGGAAAGGGUAAGCAUAUCCACAAUCUAUAGUAGCUGUGCUAUGGUGGGCAUUGCAAUGCUGGUGGAGAGAAUGGCGAUGGAGCCUGUGAAAGAAGACUCCUGACUAUGAAUUGAAGUCUUUCCUCCAAUUAACCAGGAAAGAAUCUUAGUAACUGAACCAAACUUUCUUUCUUGACCUUCAGGGUGCCAGGAAUUUAAACCUGUAUAAAAAGAAAUGAGUGUCUGGAGUCUAAAUAAUUCAAUAAGUUAUAAUGACUAAGAUAAUGAAAAAUGUCAUCUCAGUGGGUAGGACUGGAUUGUAACACACGAAAACUCAUCCUUACUUUUUUGUUUUCUGUUAAAUUUAUAGUAAUGGCCACCCAUAUAACCUUUAGAACAAUGUGCUUCCAUGGCUCAGGAAAGUCUUAUUGACCUUAUGCUUCCAUGUUUCCAGUCUUUGAAUGAAGAUACAAAGUGGAAUUGGCUAAGAGCACUUGUAAAUCAAUAUCAAGGAA